CAUCCACAUUAUGGCAACUUCCACGGCACAAUCGGUUAUGUGCUAAAUAUUUUGGUAUAAGCGGAAAGGGUUUUGUGAUCUCUUGAAAAGGGAAAAUAUUCUGAAGUUGAAGAAAACAAGUCUUCAAAAACUUACCUUCAGCUGUUGUCGGUUAGGGGGAGGUGAAGAAGGGAGCGUAGGGCCACCCCCCAGCGGAGGAUGAACACAGACAUCGAGAAAGGCGAAAACGAAAACAAAAACAAAGAUCUUCAGAAAGAUGAUGCUCAGUACCCAUCAGAUGAGAACUACCUGAAGAAAGAUCCAGCAGACCUCGAAGAUCCAUCAGAAGACUCUCCUCUUAAAGGCAGCACGACGGAAGGACGAGAAAAUGAUUCCAGUGCCCCGGCUGGAGAAAAAACCGGGGCCAAAGAGGGCGCAAAGGGCCUCAGAGAAUGGUUUUCCAAGUCCAGAGUCAAGUGGUGGAUUGCAGUCCUCGUGGCCAUCGUCCUCCUAACUGUCGUCCUGGUUGGCACACUCUUGGCUGUCGAGGACAAUGACUAUGAUGUGCCGGACAACAGCAUAAGGCUUGUCAAGCUAUGGCCGAGGCCGAACAAACCUAGGAAUGUCAUCAACUUUGUGCACGGAACUCUGCCGAUUGAAGGCAGAGUUUGGCCAGAAUUGACUUCACAACUAGAUGAUUUGCUGGCUAGGUAUCAACCUUCAAAUAUUCGAAGCAAGAAAGUUGUCGAGUGCUUCGGAAACAGCCCGCUUCUCCAAGGAGACAAAGUUUGCAAAUUCGACAUUAAACCUUUGAUGCUGGAAUGCAGCAAGGCGAUGAAUUAUGGAUAUGACACAGGAAAGCCAUGCGUAUUUUUAGAGUUCAACAACAUCAGCGAAUGGAUACCAGAACCGUACAGCUCCCGCGAGUUAGAGAACUACGUGGAGCUCGCUGACAGAUCCAUUACCAACAUGGUUUACCUGGACUGCCAAGGAGAUACCCUGAUUGACCAAGAAAAUAUGGGGAGGAUACAGUACACCCCCGAUCGUGGAUUUCCUGUGAAAUACUUCCCGUUUCGUUACCAAAGAGAGUACAUGUCCCCAUUAAUAGCGAUUCGAUUCACGAAACCAGCAAUUGGAGUUGCUAUAUCAGUCACCUGCAAAUUUUGGGCCAAGAAUUUGAACCACACAGACGAAGCAGUUCCCAGCGGACAAAUUUCUUUCAAUCUUCUCGUUGAUUGA